CACUGUUGGGGCAGACAUGCGGAGAGCAGACUGCAGCAGUGACUGGAAAAUACAAUAACAUAAAAAUACUAGGGCUGAGAAAAACAUAGUCUCAUUUUGUCAGAUGUUUUAUUGAAGGCAGUGAAGAGCUACAACAGGGACUAAAUCACUGCUGCAGACAUCAGGAUCAAGGAUCAUGGAGGAUUCUUGCCUGGUCCGAUGUGACAGCCUGGAUGCUGGGUCAGGGUGUGACAGGGAGGUUUUGACCCCGAUCGACCGUAUGACCCUUGACCCUGAGGGCUCUGACCCCUCAGCAGACCUCGAGCCUUCACCAGCAGAACUGGCUCAAUGUGAGGCCGAAGUGGGCACGCUGCUCAGCAUCAUUGCUGAACUGAACAAGAAGAUGGGGUCAUUAAAGGCACCAAGUGAAUCAGGAGAACUGAGAUCACCAGGACCAUCCAGGCCUCUGGUUCCAGACCUCCUGUCCCACAGGCUGGUCAGGAGCAGCCCAGAGAGGAACUCUGCCUCUGCUGUCACAUCUAAACCUCCACUGGCUGACAGAGGGGGUGGUGGUGUAGUAUGGACUAAACUCCAGGAGGUUUUAUCAUCAGUGGAGGACUCCAUUAGCUCUAAAAGGUCCUGGGCCGCCCCCAUCACAGCUUCUGACCAGGACAAGCACAGAGAGCACCUCAGAGCAGCCCAGGAGAGCUCAGUUAAAGCCACUAAGAUACUGGAGGAGAUGGAAAUAGAGUUUGGGAUUUCAUGCCCACCAGGCCCGCCAAAGGACCAGUAUCAAGAGAACAUCCUAGAUCCAGAGAAGCGAGACUCAGCUCUCAGAGGCAGCUUGCAGAGUCACCAGGAGGAGCUGGAAAGAGCAGAAAGCACCAUCAGUCAGAUGGAGGAGGAAAAGAACAAGUUGGUCGGUCUCCAUAAGGCCUGGAGGUCAGGCAGUUGCUCUCCUUCCUACCGGCCCCCUGCUGGGGCUCUCAGUCCAGACUGGGCCUCUCCUCCCUUCCCAGGUUCACCAUUACUCUAUAGAAGAGCAGCCAGAGCGAUGACACCUGUGUCUGUGGGUGGGGAUGGGUCUCCAGUGGGCUCCAUUAACUCAUGCAGUCCCUGUCCUAGCCCCAUCAGCCUGGAGUCUGAGACAGAACGACUGAACAGGUGCAUCGAGAGGCUGAGGGCCAGAAAUGAACGGCUGACUGCAGCUCUGGAGCGCAGGAAGGGAGAGUCAGAGAAGAUCAGUAUUACACUGAACAGACUUGAAGCUGACUGCUCUGCCCUGCAGAUGGCUCUCAGAUACUGUGAGGAGUGUGAGGAGGCCUACAGCGAGCUGCUGUCACUUUAUGACGCCAAGAAGCAGCAAAGCAUUCCUCUGAAGACAGACUCAGCAGAGGCAGUCGGUGACAGGCAGCAGCCCGACAGGCCAUCAGCUCAGCUCAUGAAAAUGGGAACUGAAGAGCUGUCCACCUCCUUCUCAACAGCAGGGGUCACAGAGGAGACGGAAACACAGAGUCACACAGGGCAGAGGACACCUGAGCCGGUGGAGCGAGAGGCUGUUCUCCGACAGCAAAUUGAGCGCCUGAAGAGGGACCGGGCAGCCAUUCGUCUGCCUAAGCCAAGCCCAGGAGUAGAGGGUAAAAUAAGCCCCGAAAGUUGUCUCCCAGCUGGAUCAAGAGGGGGACAUGUGACAAAAGAGAACGCUAAACCUCCUGACACCAAGAAAGAAAAGGCUUCCCUCUUCUAUGAACUCAUCUCUGUCAGGGAGGAGAUGUCAGAUCUGCGAGCUCUAAUCCGACUCAAGGAGAAAGAGCUGAGGUGUUUGGAGUGGGGUUUAAUGGCCCAGAAGGCCCAGGAAGCAGCUGGAGCGUUUGUUCCAGAGAGCCUCAGAGAGGAGACCGAGGACCAUAGGACGGAACAACAGAGGCUCUGUGAAAAUGCAGCUAAAGUGGGUAGUGAUGGGGACAUCACUGAUCCUCGAUCCAGACCCAUUCUGAAAGAGCUGCAGGCCGUCCUGCAAAGGGAACAAGCCCUGAAGAAGAGGCUGGCUUUAGUCCAAGACUCGCUAAACACAGCUCUGUCAGACAGCACCUCCCACAGGAGGGACAAUGGAGACCAGAUUGCUCGGCUCACACAAGCUCACAGUAAAGCCUUGAGUUCGUACCGCCAGAUUCGUAGGAAGUACCGGGAGCAGGUGUGGAGGCUGGAGCAGAAAGUGGCAGCCAUGACGGAGAGUCACCACCACCAGAGUGGAGCUCCGAAAGCUGCAGGGGAGACCUUGGAGUGGAGGAGGGAAGAGACUGUUCUGUGAUCCUGUGAGUCUUCAGUCAGAGAAUCAGCUUCAUAAUAGUCAAAUGUAUCAGCAUCAACUACAAUGGACAGUCCUGAUGAAUUCAAGGCGCUCAUGUGUGUUUUUUGAUUUGUGAAGUUAUUGAAUCAUUCUGACAGAAGCCUCUUCACUUCAGAAUUACAUUUUUCAGCCAUGACAGCAGCUUGGCUAUAUGGAUGGCAAUGUCAGUUGGUGUCCAUGGUGCCCAGAGAAUGAAGCACUACCAGGAUUUGACAAUUGUGGCUUUGAGUAAGCAUGACCUUUGGUAAACACAUUCAUGUCCUGUUCAGGAUGAAUUGUAAGAGCUUUGAUGAUCCCUUAAAGGUAUAUAUAUAAAGAGGUGUAUAAAAAGGUAUAUAAAGCAAGUAUAGGUCAUAUAUGAAUACUGUGAAACUCAAUCCCAUUAAAAUGCGUAAUCCUCCCAGAAAUGCUCACAGUCACAAACUGACUCUUUAAAACGAGCUGUUAGGUCUUCCAUUAUAAGUUGUGAUAUCACAACUAUACUAUCUAAAGGUAGACCCCAUCACCACAGUGCAGUCACAGUCAAUAUCUGUCUGCAAUUAUGGUUCAGAGAUGCAGAGAGCACAGAUGUGAAAGACCUGGAAACGCUGACCAAUCAGAGCAGACAGGGCUUUUUCAGGACUGGGGCUAAAAGGGACAGGUGCUAAAAUGAAACGCUUUAGACAGAGGGUGAGUACGGGUAUAUUCAGGAAGACAGUACAAGGGAAAAAAACUUGUUUUUGGAGAAUAAAAGCUUGUAAACAUGUUGUGGUAGAAAACCAAAAAACAUGUAUCAACCUGAAAAUUUUUCAUCUAAGCUAUAUCAAGUCUAUAUCAAGAACUGUCACUGUCCAAUACUUUGGCUUAUGACCAAAUAUCUGCAAAACUGAUGACAUUCCCUCAGCCUUAGCUGUUCUCUGAAUGCUAGCAUGCUAUGUACCAAUCUAAGAUGCUGGACAAGUUGCAUUGACAUUGUGAGCAUGUUAGCAUGCUGAUGUUAGCAUAAAGUAAAUCAUCAGCUGUGGCAAAGCCUCAGUGUGCAUGCAUGACUCUAGCAAGACUGUAGACUCUUGGUCUUCUUAGUCAGAUAUAUUAUAUGGUUAAUAUUAAUUGAGGAAAAAAUUGGGUGAUCAGGAGGGAUUCAUGACAAUUAACACAGUUAGAGAGAUAUGUACCUGUUCAUUUAUUUAUCUGUCAACCCAUCAACUGUAUCAGUCUGUUCAGGCAUUCAUUGGCUCUUGAGGGUUAAAUAUAGAGUAUGGAGGGCAGUGGAACAUAGAGAGCACUGUCAGCUCAGCAUUUUCAACCCUUGUGAAAGUCACCAAUAAACUUAACAGGAAUCCAAAGCAUAACUUGUCUAACAGGACUCACACAUCACAAGACACAUUCCUUAUUUCAGAGAAACAGCUGUCAUGCCGUCAUGAAUGUGUGAGGCCGAUUCAAGGACUGAACCCUCUGAGGACCUCGGGACUGACCUCGAGAGCGCACAUGUCCUUUUUCCCGUACAAGUCGACUGUAUAAAGCCACUCCUGGCCGGCCGUGCGGUUGUCACAAAGCUCAGGGAAGGGGGAUGGGUGUCAGGACAAUGGCUGAUGUGCUCACAGAAUGUACGGCCAGCCCAUUUGUCUUCUUUCAUAGUUCUCUGCAUCUUGCUCGCUCUGCCUUUCAAUAUGUCCACUUCUCUUUAACGGUCAGUUAAGCCAAAUUACACAAAAAGCAUGAUUUCAUACUUAUUUCUAGUGGCCAUGCAAGUAGUUUUGAUUUUCAAGGAUAUAUACUGGGUGACAUGUUCCUACAUUACCAUAUGUUGCUGCGAAUAUUAUCUAGCAUACAAAAUCUGCUUUUAUUUGCAUGCUACAGCACCCAGCUAGUUAGAUUAGUUGUUAAAAAAAGAAAACCUUUGUAACUUGUUUAUGAAGAUUUACACUUUCAAUGUGAAUGAACAGGCUUCUGGCUGAGAGCCACAAAGAGCUCAAAGAAGAUGACAGUUAUGGCCCUGCAGCAGCCCGGAGGCAAACCAUACUCACGUUCCUUUCUGGUGAGAAUGUAAAUGCAGACAUAAAACACAUCAUGGGAUUUGCCACUCUGAACAACCAAACGUUAAUAGAUACCAGCCACAAAAAUGCUGUAGCUAGCAAAAAGCUAAUCCUCUAGGAAAAAGGCAAAGGGCUGAUAUUUGGAUUUUUCAUAAGGUAAAUGACAACUGAUUACUCAUUACACUCCUGAUAACAUUUUCCGAUUUAUCACAAUGGAAAAAUUAAAAAAACAGGAUGCAGCAGAACUAGAGAUAUGAUCUUUUUCAUUCACCAUGUUCUUCGUCUUUGUCAAAACCUGGCACCUACAUUACCCACAAUGCAACUUGAUUGUCAACACUGGUCAGAUAUCCUGGUGUGUUAUGCUAGUAGCAGCUAAUGUAGCCUCAACCGUUAGCCUAAAGCAGAAGCAGAAAUUGUAAAAAAAAAAAAAAAAAAAAAAAGUGGAUCAUUCACACAAAACAAUAUUGAUUGUGAGUUAAAAUACUGUAUUAUUAAAUAACUGUUUGAAUAUGUAAUACGCUGUAAGUGGAAUGUGUGUAUAUGUCUGAGUUCUUUAUAACUUUUUAAUCUGUAUAAUGUUGUAUUUGUGUUGCUGUUUCCAGAUUUGACAUUAAACAUUAAACAACAUUAAAAAAGAAGCUAUUAGGACAUUAAUUGCUGUGGAAUGUAACUAAGUACAUUUACUCAAGUACUGUAAGUACAGUUUUGAGGUACUUGUACUUUGCUUGAGUAUUUUCAAUCUGUGCUGCUUUAUACUUCUACAUCAGCACAUUUCAGAGACAAAUAUUGUACUUUUUUUGCUCGACUUCAUCAAUACAUAUAGUUUUCCCUGGCUAUUUUCUAAUUUUAUCUUUUCUUACCAAGUUGCUCAUUGCCUCUUUUCC